CUCCACUCCUCGUCGGUGGGCGGCUCGCCCCGCGCCGCGCCGCCCCGCCCGUAUAAAACCCCUCCGCGCGUGUGGCCAACGGGGAGAGGCCAGCCGGAGAGGAGAGGGAAGGGAAGCGGAGGAGCGAGCAAUGGGGGACUCCAGCUCGAGCGGCUCCGUGUCGGUGGACGUCGAGCGGAUCUCCUUCGCCGGCAAGGAGCAUCAGGUGAGGACGAGAUGCGGUUCGCUGUCCGUCGCGGUGUACGGGGACGAGGACAAGCCGGCGCUCAUCACGUACCCGGAUGUCGCGUUGAACCACAUGUCCUGCUUCCAAGGAUUGCUCUUCUGCCCGGAGGCCGCGUCGCUGCUGCUCCACAAUUUCUGUAUAUACCACAUCAAUCCUCAGGGGCACGAGUUAGGAGCGGCUCCAAUUCCAUCCAAUGUGCCGGUGCCAUCUGUUGACGAUCUCGCCGAUCAGGUCGCAGAUGUGCUCGAUUUCUUCGGUUUAGGAUCUGUGAUGUGCCUGGGUGUCACAGCUGGUGCCUAUGUUCUCACUUUGUUUGCAACGAAAUACCGGGAGAGGGUAAUAGGCUUGAUGUUGGUCUCCCCUGUAUGCAGAGCCCCAUCUUGGAGCGAAUGGUUAUAUAAUAAGGUAUUAUUAAAUUUGGUUUAUUAUUACGGGACUCGAGGUUUGGUCAAGGAAUGCUUGCUUCAGCGGUACUUCAGCAAGGAAGUGCGUGGCAGUGGUCAAUAUAUUGAAUCAGACAUUGUACAAGCGUGUAGAAGUUUGCUUGACGAGAGGCCGGGCGAAAAUAUCUGGCGGUUUCUUCACUCGAUAAAUGAGAGGCAUGACUUAACAGAUGCACUGAGGAAACUGCAGUGUCGAACACUGAUUUUCGUAGGAGAAAACUCGCAAUUCCAUGAGGAUGCCAUCCACAUGACCACAAGGUUGGACAAGAAAUAUUGUGCCCUAGUUGAGGUUCAGGGCUGUGGCUCCCUUAUAACUGAAGAGCAGCCAUAUGCUAUGCUGAUGCCAAUGGAGUACUUCCUCAUGGGGUAUGGACUUUACAGACCAUACCAGAUGAAUAGCAGCCCACGCAGUCCACUAAGCCCAUGUUGUAUAUCACCAGAGUUACUAUCUCCUGAGAGCAUGGGAGUAAAGCUGAAGCCGAUCAAAACUCGAAUAGCUGUGGAUUUCUAGGACAGGCGAAUCUUAGCGGUCAGAAUGAACUACUCAAUUUACAGCUCAGAGAACUAAAGAUAGGCCUGGGCUAGUUGGAUUGAGUGUAGAGAUGCAAAAUUUGUUCGUGCAUUGAGUAUGUACCUCGCAAACAACCUUUUUUUGUUUGUGUAUAUAGCCUAUAAUAUACAGUUCUACAUCAGCAAGACAGAACAGAGGGAAACCUGUAGUGGGGAUUGUGAUCAGGGUGGUUCUUUGUUCAAUUUGUUUUUGUAGCCAGAAAUCAGCACAAAAUGUACGUUCCAGAAUAGUUUGAGACAGACAAUAAGAAUCAAUCAACCUAGGUUUCAGAUUUUA